GCUCAAGCUUUUCUUCUUCUGCUUCUACGCACUCCAUCAAUGGAGUUUUCCAUCAUCUUCACGGUGGUUUCAGUUGCUUAGAUGGUAUCAGAGCAGGUUGAUCCUGCUCUGCAUUCGCUGCGAUUCAUAGCUUUUCUUUUCUUGUUCAUAGUGAUCAGUGCUUUCUUGAAGCAAUCACUGUGACCUUGCUCUUCUUUUAUUUUCUUCGUUUAUCAAUUUCUUGUGAUUCUUGAUCGAUGACGAGGAACAACAACAACAAUCAAAAUCAGGAUCAUCUUGAUCCAUAUUAUGUGCAUCCUUCAGAAAAUCCAUCAACUGUAUGUGUAACUCCGGCGCUAUCCGGUGAUAAUUACCAUGCAUGAUCGAUGAAGAUGAGACGUGCUCUUGCCAUGAAGAACAAGUUCAGAUUUGUUGAUGGUUCUAUAGAGGUUCUUGGAGAAGAUGAUCUGAACUAUGUAGCUUGGCAAAGAUGCAACAAUUUAGUUCAUACAUGGAUUAUCAACUCGAUAACACCAUCUAUUGCUCAGAGUGUGGUGUUCAUCGACAAUGCAAUAGAUAUGUGGAAUGAUCUCAAAGAUCGCUUCAUGAGAGGAGAUCGAAUUCGUGUAGCACAACUACAUCAAGAAAUAACAAAUCUGAAACAAGGUAACAAGAAGAUUUCUGAUUAUUUCACUGAAUUGAGAAGUUUAUGGGAGGAACUGGAUCAGUAUCGACCUAUGCCGAGUUGUACAUGUCGUGUUGCGUUGCGUGUGCAUGUCAAGCAAUGCAAAAUAGUAUAAGCUUUAGGGCUGAGGAUAGGAUUAUUCAGUUCUUGAUAGGGCUGAAUGAAGAAUUCCAUGGUGUGGUAUCUCAAGUCUUGUUGAUGGAUCCAUUGCCACAAAUCAAUAGAGUGUUUUCAAUGGUAAUGCAACAAGAAAGGAAGAUAUGUGGUCUGAAUUUCUCUAACAAUAGUGUAAUAGAGGAAGCACCUGGGAUGGUGAAUGCUGUUGAAAGUUCAAAACAGUUUGGAAGAGGUCGAGGCAAUGGAAAUCCCUCUGCAGGGAGAGGUAGAGGGAAUGUGAAAGUGUGUACUUACUGUGGUAAGACAGGGCAUGUUAUUGAUAAUUGUUACAAGAAACAUGGUUAUCCACCAAGUUUUGGAAGAGGAAGUGCAUCUUCAUCAUAUGCUAAUCAAGUUGAUGUUGAAGACUCAGAUUCAAAAUCUACUGCAGCUUCAACAAGUGAUAAUGGAGGGAGCAUGACACUUACAAAGGAGCAGUAUCAGAAUUUGAUGACUUUGCUAGAGAAAAGCACAGGAUCUAUGAAUCGAACCAAGGGAGGCAAAGAAGGAUUUGAGGAGGAUUAGUUCAGCUAAAGUUCUAGAUGGAUUAUACUACUUGGAAGCUGCUCACAAAGCUCAUAGAAAGAAUGAUGCUGGAUUUGUGUCAAGUGUGUUUACUAAGAGUAAUUCUGCUGUUAUAGCUCCUGCCCUUUUAUGGCAUUUAAGGCUAGGGCAUCUAUCCUUUGAUAGAAUGGAAUGUAUGAAUAAAGUGUAUAGUUUUAUACCUAGGAGUGUUCAUACAGCUUGUGAUGUAUGUCAACAAUCCAGACAAAAAUGUAUGCCUUUUCCAAUCAGUAAUAAUAAUGCUCAGAAUGUGUUUGACUUAA